UUAUAUAAUAAAUAAAAAAAAAUAAAAAUUUCAGCUCCUCUUCAAACCAAAACAGACAGACCAAACUGAUGAGCUGGAAACUCUUACUACUCUUCCGACCGGAAUUCAAACCAGUCUCCACCGUCCGAUCCCGCCGUACGAUGCCCUCAAUCUAAAACCCUAACCCUAACCCUAACCCUAAUCCCUUUCCGAUGAGAAAACCCCACCGUUCGGAUCGCCAUUGUCUUCCCAUCCUCCUCCUCUUCCUCCUCUCUCUUCCUCUCCUUCUCCCCCUCAUCCUGCUUCCCCUGAUCUCCACCUCCUCCUCCUCCGAGCCCCUCCGGCAACCCCCGACGGUCCCCAGACUCGCUUACCUGAUCUACGGAUCCAGUGGCGACGGCGUUCGCCUCGCGAGGCUCCUUAGAGCCGUGUACCAUCCGUGGAACUACUACUUGUUGAGUCUGGACGCUGCCGCGGCGGUGGAUGAGCGGGUGGAUCUGGCGAAGUUUGUUGCUUCCGAUGCGGUGUUUGAGAAGUUUGGGAAUGUUUGGGUUGCUGGAGAUGCUGAUGAGGUGACGCGCAAGGGGCCGACUAUGAUCGCUUCUACUCUUCAUGCUGUUGCGAUUUUAUUGAGGGAAUGCAAGGAUUGGAGCUGGUUCAUCAAUCUCAGCGCUGGAGAUUAUCCUCUCAUGCCCCAAGAUGAUCUUCUUCAUAUUUUCUCAUAUUUGCCGAGGGAUCUGAACUUCAUUGAGCAUACAAGUGAUAUUGGCUUGAAAGAAUAUCAAAGAGCAAGGCCUAUCAUAGUAGAUCCGGGAUUGUAUGGUUCAAAUAGAAAAGAUGUAUUUUUGGCUAAAGAGAAAAGGUCCUUGCCUUCUUCCUUCAAAUUAUUUGCAGGUUCUUCCUUUGUGGUGCUAUCCCGGUCAUUUCUUGAAUUUUGCAUCUGGGGUUGGGACAAUCUCCCACGGACGUUGCUCAUGUACUACACAAACUUCAUAUCUUCAUCGGAAGGUUAUUUUCAUACAGUAAUCUGCAAUUCCAGGGACUUCCAGAAUACAACAGUUAACCAUGAUUUACGGUUUGUGAUGUGGGAUGAUCCUCCUCGCCCUGCUCCAAUUAACUUGACUUCCGCAAAUUUUGAUCAAAUGGUUGAAAGUGGUGCUCCUUUUGCCUACAAUUUCAUCAAGGAUGAGCAAGUCCUAGACAUAAUUGACCUUGAGCUAUUGAAAAGAUCAGGGAGCCGAUUUACUCCUGGUGGGUGGUGUGUCGGGAAUUCUGAUUCUGCCAUGGAUUUAUGUUCAGUUCAUGAGAAGCCGAAUGUUAUUAGACCAAGUACGAGCUCCAAAAGACUAGAGAGGUUGCUAUUAAAGCUCCUUGAUCCUAAAAACUUCAAGUCCGGCCAGUGUAAAUAGUUCACAGGUAGCAACAUCAAUAUUGUGGUGAAUGCUUAACUGGCCGCCAACAGCAAAGAUGCUUCCCGGCAGUUUAUAGAGCAAUGUUAAUUUCAUGGAUAGCCCUUUUUUUUUUCUUUGGUUCUUUUACUGUCAGAGGCAUUAGAAUCUGAAAGUCACAAACCUGCUGUUUUUUUAGGAGGGAUGUGAAAAUUGUAUAGAAACUGCAGCAAUCUCCAUUGUAGAUUGUUAAAGAGACAUUGUAACUUCGACAACUUCUGAGUUCAUCUUUGUAAUCGGGGUUGCAAUGAAAAUCGGAAAAUCCAUUUAUAUUGAAUUGAACAAAGUGAAUUACUCGCGAA